ACAUAGGAACAACUUAUCAUAAUAUCUAAAACAUCAUAAGAGCAAUUAUAUUUAAAAAAUCAAUUGGUUGAUAUCACAUUGAUAUAUAAAUCAAAGUGAGCUUAUGCAAUAUUACAGUUGUAGAUAGAGUUAAGUGCAAGAUGAAGUUGUUAUGGAGGAAUAUAGGACUUUUUUUGCUUCUUAAUAUCAUAUUGAUUCACAAAUCUCAAUGUGAAUUAAGGUCUAAAAUUGAACGUAAUAUAAGGAAUGCUGUAGUUACAAUUGAAAUUAAUCAAAAUGUUGCAACUUUACGUAUUUGCAGGAAUUCUGACGGGGAAGAUUCAUGUACACGUAAUGUUCUCCACACUCAAUCUUCUGAUAUAUUAAGGGGUCCAACUCUCAUAGAUUUGAAUUGUGGUACUGAUAACGUGUGUCUUAAAAACGAAGAUGUAAUACACACAGUAAUUAGAUUAUCUACAAAUAGUGACGUCAUCAAUGUAUCACGAAUUGUUAAAGAUUCUGAUGCAAAGCUUAUAGAUUGUUAUGAGCUUGGUGAUGACACAGAAUGGUUUGGAGGACCACAAUUACGUUAUCAGCACUGGCCCAUUCAACAUAUGUAUUAUGAAGAAGAACCAUAUGUUCCAACACACCCUGUAAAUAUGGCUGUAGCCGAACGUUAUUGGCUUUCUGGUAAAGGAACAUACAUCUAUGUGGAUAUGAAAGAUCCAUUGUUUCUUGAUCAAAACAACUAUAUGGACAAAUAUAUUUGCCUCGUUUCAAAGAAUAAAGGUCCUUAUAGGCAUAGAGAAUCUAUAACGCUUAAUUAUGAAAUUGGCAUAUUUAGUAAUCCAAGAGUAGCACACGAGUACGUAGUGCAGAAUCAUUUAGGCAAACCUACAGGUCAUCCAAAUGAAAGAAUGAUUAAACAUCCAAUAUGGUCCACUUGGGCUAGAUAUAAAGUUAAUGUCAGUGAAUCUGUCAUUGAAAAUUUUGCAAUUGAUAUCAUUGAACAUGGUUUUAACAAUAGUCAACUUGAAAUUGAUGACAAUUGGGAAACUUGUUAUGGUUCAGCUGAGUUUGAUAAAUCUAAAUUUCCUAUCAUUGCUCGACUUACGGAAAAAUUAAAGUAUAGAGAUUUUAGAGUAACAUUAUGGAUACAUCCGUUCAUUAAUAAAAAUUGUGAACCAGCAUAUAGUACUGCUCUAAAUAAUUCAUACUUUGUUAAGAGUACCACAGGAAAAGUUGACAUGCAAUGGUGGCAAGGUACUGAAUCUGCAACAAUAGACUUCACAAAUCCAAAAGCAGUUGAUUGGUGGGUUGCAAGAUUAAAGUUACUUGAAGAAAUUGGUAUAGAUAGUUUCAAAUUUGAUGCUGGUGAAGUGUCAUGGCUACCUCAAAUACCAUCUUUAAAUGGUUCAUUGGAUACUCAACCUGGAAUCUUCACAAAGGACUAUGUUACUGCACUUGCUAACAAUUUUGAUGACAAUAUAGAAGUUCGUGUUGGAUGGAGAAGCCAAGAUCUUCCCAUAUUUGUUAGAAUGAUUGAUAAGGACUCAACAUGGUCAUGGAAUAAUGGUUUACCUACUUUGAUUACAACACUCUUGCAAAUGAAUUUGAACGGAUACGUAUUUGUUCUUCCUGACAUGAUAGGCGGUAAUGGAUAUUUGAAUGGUGCAUUAAAUGGCACUGUAUAUCCACCAAAAGAAUUGUUCAUUAGAUGGUUGCAAGCUAAUGUUUUUAUGCCAUCAUUACAAUAUUCUUUUGUACCAUGGGAUUUUGAUAAUGAGACCGUUGAAAUUUGUAAGAAGUACACAGACUUACACGCAGAUAUAACACCGCUUAUAUUAGAUCGUAUGAAUGAGUGUAUUAAAACAGGCGCACCUUUAAAUCCUCCCAUAUGGUGGGUCGACCCAACUGACAAAACAGCUCAUAAAAUUAAGGAUGAAUAUCUACUAGGAGAAGAAAUUUUGGUAGCACCAGUAAUAGAAGAAGGUGCUGUAUCACGAGAUAUAUAUUUACCUAAAGGAUUGUGGAAAGAUGCAUCAGAUAAUGUUACUUACAUUGGUCCAGGAUGGAUACGAAAUUAUGAUGCACCUUUAGACAAACUUCCUUACUUCUACCGAGUUUAACGCAUAUACAAAACAUUUAUUCAAAUAGAUAUAUCAAAUUAAUUUGAAACUAUUAUUUACAAUAAAUAAUAUAUAUAUUUAAAAUUAUCUAAAACAAA